AUGACACUCAUGCUCAGCCUCAUUAGCCACGCUCUCCAAGGACCCAUGUUGAUGUGUCAGAACAUCGUCCCUGUGAUUUCGCAAGAAGACGAGAAAACGUCCCGUUGGGUUCGAGGAAUCGACGAGAACGAGAGCACCAGCGUCGCGGAAUGGGGGCUCUAUGUGCACGAGCGCGUCUCUCGAGCGUAUCGCACUAUUCCUGAGGGAAAACCGGUCCAGCUUCAACAUAAAGAGGUGGUGGAACUCUACAGGAGGUUAGAUAACGGCAGCUCGAGCAAGCCAGCUCACAUACUGGGUGGUUGUAUCAUCGGCCCUCGGUGCGAGUCGCGCCGAUCCUCCAUGGUAGCGUCGGGGCGGCAAUCUCAGCACAUGGACCGCGCAGCCGAUUCACUUGGAUUGCUCUUGAGCCAUUCGGGCGCCCAGUACGAGAGCUAUUUGAAGUGCGAGGCCGAGCAAGAGAGCGCGGCGAUGCCGUCAUUCAGCCUCUGUAGCGAGGAAGCGGUUGGGUAUAAAGCGAUCACCUGGUCGUGCAGGGUCGCGUGGAUUUUCCUCGACAAUCGUGGAGUGGUCCGAUGUCUGUAUGCAGCAGUACCACCAGGCCCUUCGUCAAUAGACCAAUCGCCGAAUGGUGUCUAG